AUGGAUCUCUUUCACAGAGCCAAGCGCAUGAUCCCUACGGCCCAGCUCGAGCUACCCACCCUCGACGAAAAAAGAGGCGGCACGAAACAAAAAGGAUGGGCUGCUCGCCUCGCAUUCUUCCGCAGACCGCUACGUUUGCGAGGUAACUCGGCCGUCUCUGUACCCCUCGGCGUCGUCAUCCUCUUUCCCCUGACCGUCGUCAUUCUCAUCAUGCUGCUCUUCGUCCGCCAUCCGAACAACAACGGCAACAUUCUAGUCCCAGCUGGUGCACCCCCAGCUAUUAGAAAAAUUAGCGAAAAGUACGACAAAGUAUUUCUGACCGGCUGUCAACCGCCCGACAACAAGCAACCCAGGGCCAACGCUACAUUUGUUGUCCUCGCCCGAAACAAAGAGCUCGAUGGCGUCCUGCAGUCAAUCAAGUCCGUUGAGCGCCACUUCAACCGCUGGUUCAACUACCCCUACGUUUUCCUGAACGAUGGCGACUUCAACGAGACCUUCAAGGAGACGAUUCGCAACCACACAUCAGGUACCGUCGAGUUUGGCAAGGUUGGCCCCGAUAUGUGGGGUUACCCCGACUGGAUCGAUACCAAGGUCGCCAAGGAGGGUAUCGCGAAGCAAGGUGAUAAUGCCGUCAUGUACGGUGGACUCGAAAGCUAUCAUUUCAUGUGCCGCUUCUACUCUGGUUUCUUCUUCAACCACCCUCUCCUGCUCAAGUAUGAGUGGUACUGGCGCGUCGAGCCCGAGAUCACCUACUUCUGCGAUAUCACAUAUGACCCCUUCUUGAAGAUGAUUGAGCAGAAAAAGACGUACGGCUUCACCAUUGCCAUCAAGGAACUCCGCGAGACUGUCCCAAAUGUCUUCCGCUACGCCUCCGCCUACAUGCGAAACAACAACAUCACCUCCAAGGGUCUUUGGGAAAUGUUCCUCGAGCCCCGCAAGAAGCAGCCCGAAGUCAUCAAGGACGCGCUGCCAGAGGAGAUUGCCCAGAGCGAUCCGGGCAGCGGCGCCCUACCCGAUAUCGACCCUGAGACCAUGGAAGGCGAUAGUUACAAUAUGUGCCAUUUUUGGUCCAACUUUGAAAUCGCCCGCCUCAGUUGGUUCCGCAGCAAGGAGUAUCAAGACUUUUUUGAGACGCUCGACCGCAGCGGCGGCUUCUGGAUGGAGCGUUGGGGUGACGCACCUAUCCACUCUCUGGCCGCUGGUGCUCUCCUUGGUCCCAGCGAUCUGCACUACUUCCGCGAUAUUGGCUACCGCCACACCACCAUUCAGCAUUGUCCUGCAAAUGCUCCCGAGGCCCGACAACUCCCUCCGAUCCCUUUCCUCGACCCCAACAUCAAGGACGAAAAGAAGCGCCAAGAAGAAGACGAGUAUUGGGCCAAGUACGACGAGCCCCAAGAAAACGGCGUCGGGUGCCGCUGCCGUUGUGAUACCGACAUUGUUGACGUCGAGGGCAAGGAAGGAUCAUGCAUGGCCGAAUGGGUCGACGUCGCCGGUGGCUGGGCCAGCCCUUAG